AAUAAUAGGAUGCGAGGAACAACAUCCUUUAUUGUGCGCAAGGGAUCCUAUCCAAAUCAAUUACACUACACACACACAUAAACCAGAGGGAGAGGGAGACAGACCUGAUGCUGCGGAGCUGAAGCAUUAGCUCCAUUGAUCAUAGGUUUCUGAGUUUCCUUUGAGACUUGAGAGAGUAAAUGGCCGGAGCGUUCCUCCCGUCGGCGGAGUUGACGGCAAGCGGCCGCCCCGUGUUAAAACCCGGUGAAAUAGAGUGCUCUCUUCUCUCCACCGUAGACCUCCUCUCGGAAGACACGCCCUCCUUCCCUCAGCUCAAGUCUGGCGUCGUCAUCCUCACCACCCUCCGCCUCCUAUGGAUCCCUCCCGAAAACACCUCCUACGCUAACACUUGUUGCUUCAUCCCUCUCUCCUCCGUCCAAAACAUACUCUCCGCCAAGAAAUCGAUCAAAUCCAUGUUCCAAAGCCCCAGGAUUCGCUUCCCGGUCGCCGCCACUCCGCAGGGGGUCGUGGCCGAGAACGGCGGCUCUAGGUCAUUGAUUAUAACCUUGGUUGUGAGAGGGAAGACCGAUCCGGAUUCGUUUUUGGGGAAAUUUUGGGAUGCUUGGAGAGGGAGGGCGUGGGUGGCCACCGGGUCAGGUUUGAGGGAAGGGGAAGGGUCAAGUUCUGGGUCGGGCUCGCUGGCGGUGCGAAUGCCGGUGGUUGGGCUGGCGGGGAUACUGAGGAAGGAGCAGGAGAUGUGGGAGAGUACUGAUAAGAGCUUGCAGGAUGCUUUUCAGGAUUUGAAUGCUCUAAUGAGCAAGGCACAAGAGAUGGUGACGCUAGCUGAGAAAAUGAGAUCAAAGCUUCUCUCUGGGUCAAAUAAUCAAGCUAGUGGGGCUGAGGAUGAGGAGAUGGGUACUAAGGAGAUGCAAGAUUGGUUGUUGAGUGUUGGUAUUGUAUCUCCUGUUACAAAGGAGUCAGCUGGUGCUCUGUAUCAUCAACAACUUUCUCGUCAGUUGGCAGAUUUCAUCAAGAUACCAUUAGAGAGAGCUGGAGGAAUGAUUAAUAUGAUAGAUGUCUAUUGCCUGUUCAACCGAGCCCGGGGCACAGAGUUGAUAUCUCCUGAUGAUCUACUGCGAGCAUGCUCUCUCUGGGAAAAGUUUGAUGUGCCAGUUAUGCUUCGUAAAUUUGACAGUGGCGUCAUGGUGAUCCAGAGUAAAAGUCACAGUGAUGAAGAGGUAUUUGCAAGGAUUACGUCAUUGAUUAUGAAGCCAGAGGCCUUAGUAAAUGGGAUUAGUGCUGGUGAUGCUUCAAGGACUCUCGGGGUUGCUCCAGCUGUGGCUAAGGAAUAUCUUCUUGCUGCUGAAGUAAAAGGAUUGCUUUGUAGAGAUGUCAGUCCUGAUGGCUUUCGCUUUUACAUCAAUUUCUUUCCGGAACUUAAUCAAGAAGAUAUACAUAUGGUUAAAGAUCACAGUAGAUAUAGCACAUGGACAAGGGCAGUUUUAUCCAGGUAACAUUGUCCUCCCGUUAGAGGGCGGCAAAGCAUGUCCGGCGAAGCAGUUGAUGAAAUGGUGCUAUUGAUCUCCCCGUCGUCAAGAGAAACAAACUUGACAGCAUGAUAGUGGAAGUGCAUUCGAAUAUUCUCAGACCCCCAAACCCUGAAGUAUUUGAAUUAAUCACAUUUGUCUGUAUCUGAUUCUAGUUUAACUGAUAUGAAAGGUAAAGGGGAGGAGGGCGCUUUGAUGAUCCUCAAAUGUAUGAAACUCUUUCAUAUGCACUUGGUAGAUUUUCUGAGUUUCAUGUUUCUUUUUCUCUGAAUUUUGGUUGCUAUCCAUCAAGAACUAAAAAUGGGGUGAAAAUUGUUUCACAACAUGGGGUCUAUUAGUUGCAGGAUGCGAUAAUUUGACAGACUAUACUUAUUUGUAUUGAUGAUAGUAUAUAACAAUAUUAUUUGCAAAAUCUGCUUAAUGUAUUUUACUAUUAUAUCUUUAAUUUCACAAA